AUGCCGCUCAUCAACCAUCUCGUCAUUGUCGCCCUAUCAUGGUUAUCCAGCCCGCUGCUCACCAUCGCCAACUCGGACCCGGACACGCUCAACUACGCCGCCUUCACCCAGACCGCGACCUAUUCGAUCGCGAACCAGCUCGGCUUCUUCUACGCCUUCAACCUAUCCAUCGCCUUCUCCUCCAUCCCAAACUCCACGUUCGGCUACGCCCAGCUGCUCGCGGGGGCCACGGACGUGCUCACGGGCACGAUCGACAACGCGGUCAACCUCCGUUUCAACUCGAACGAAAAUAUCACGGUUCUGGGGCAGUUGGAUGCCGGGCCGGACAUCGUCGUAGCGGGGGUGGCUGGGAUUGACAGCGUGUUGGGGCUGAGGGGAAAGGCGCUGAUGGUGGACUCGCCCGUGAGCGGGUACGCGUUCAUGCUCCGCAAGGUGCUCAGCCUGUUCGGCCUCAGGCUCGAGAACGGGGACUACACGUUUCAGACCGUCGGUGCGACGACGACCCGGUUCGCGGACCUCGUCGCAGGCUCGCUCCCGGACGGCACCCCAGCUAUCGCCACGAUCCUCACCUACCCCUUCACCGCCCAGCUCGGCUCCCUCCCCACCGACUCCUCCUCUGCGCCCCCGACAAUCCUCGCGCGCGUCUCCGACUUCAUCCAGCCCCUCACCUCGACCGCCUUCACCAUCUCCGGCGCCCUGGCCCCGUCCAAACGGCCCCUGCUGGUCCGCUUCCUCGCCGCCUUCCACGCCGCCUCCCUCUUCCUCGCCGAUCCGUCCAACCGGAUCUGCUCCAUCCGCGCCAUCGCGGCCCAGCUCAACGUCUCGCUCGAGACGGCCGAGGCGGAGUAUCUCGCCGCGACGGACCCCGUCACGGGCGAGGUGGGGCCUACGACCAACUUCACCGUGAGCAGGCAGGGCCUGCUGAACGUGAUCGACGUGAGGGGCCAGUUCGCCGGCGGGUUCGGGGGAGUGGAUAUCGAUGGCGGGGAGGGGUUCAACUUCGCGGAGGCGAUCGAGCCCGGGGUCGGGCAACUGGUGGACUACACGAUCCGGGACGAGGCGCUUGCGCUCGCGAACCCGAACCCGUCGUCGUUCACGCCGAGUUGCUGA